GCAAGAGGGCCAAGUGCGCCCCGAUGUCGCACACGUGACCUUGUUUGCCGACGUUUCGUCGAGUGGCAAUGAGCGGCGUGGUGUCGGUGGGGCCGCGUCAGUGAGCUGCGCUCUUCCACCAGCGUCAGACAGAUCCAGAGGCGUGAACGGCCCGGCGCGCACAGAGCGGCCGGUGUGAGCCCAGCCAGCCGGCAGCGGGACGUGCAGGGACAGCCCCGCCUUGGGCACACGAGCGCCGCGAGCGCUCGACGAUAACGAAGGGCGCGUCAUCGUCACUCGAUCGCUUGUCGCGCCGCGGUGCGCGGAGGAAGGAUUGCGCUGCUCCUGCUCCUGCGGUGACAGCGACUUCGCGGCGACACUCCGGGACCAUGGCGGGCAUGUGGUUUGUGGUCUGCGUGCCUAAGGAUGAAGCAGAGAUUGCGAAACCGAAGCAGCAGCCGCAGCAGCAACUUCAGACCCUGCAGACCGCCAACGGUGCUGUGCGCAAGGAUGUCAACGGAAUUCAGGAGACACGAACGUCGGCCAAGCAGGCUUUACAAGACUGUCUGGAAGAGUUGGGUGUCGAAGAUGCGGUAUGGUGCUCGAGGAGUUCCGACAAGGUCUAUCAGGUCAUGUUUCCCUGCGAGUCGGGCGAAGACACGGACCUGGUGCUCAAAUCUCUCAACUCCAGGGGCAUCGGCCUGGACGCGGGCUCCACUGUCGGGGUUGUUCCUUGCGCGAUAUUUUACCAAGGUGGCGACGAUGCUAAGACAGAUGACCACGAAGAAGAGGCUUCCACCUUCAAGACUGCCCAGCAGAAAUUUCUCAAGUCUGUGACGGCACGUCUCACAGUAGCUCAGGUUGUCGAAGGGGUACGGUCAAACGGGGAACUCAACUUCGACUUCGUGGCUUUCAUCAUACUGGCCGGGAUGAUUGCAGCAUUGGGUCUGAUGGACAACAGCGUGGUCUCUAUCAUCGCAGCAAUGCUUGUCUCGCCGCUCAUGGGUCCCAUCGCGGCCAUCACGUUCGGAAUCAUCAUCAGGGACAAGUCAUUGGUCAAAGUUGGGCUUCGCACCGAGCUGUGCGGGCUUUGCCUCUGCCUCGUGUUCGGGUUCGUUUUCGGUCUCAUCAUGGCCUAUUGGGGAGACAUUCAGGGGCCAGGAGGCUGGGGACCCAACACGUGGCCUAACUCGGAGCAGACGGCCAGGGGUCAGUGGCGCAGCUUGUGGGUAGGCGCGCUGGUAGCGCUGCCCUCUGGUGCUGGCGUAGCCAUGGCCAUCCUGGGCGGCAACUCGGCCUGUCUUGUGGGAGUCGCCAUCUCUGCUUCGCUGCUGCCUCCCUCCAUCAACUGUGGGUCAUUGUGGGCUCUGUCGCUCAUGAAAGUAUUCAAGUCUCUCGGUCAAGAUCCAGUCAAUGUGACCGUACCCAUUCCGGGCACCGACCAGACCCGCACGGUGCAGACGUACCCCGCCUUCGUGGCGUACCCGGGCUUCCAGGCGUACUACUUCGACAACGCCAACAUGCACAAGGAAUGCGCCGUCAUGGCCAUCAACUCCUUCUGCCUCACUGUCGUCAAUAUCCUCUGCAUUAUUAUCGCCGGAACGCUGCUGCUCAAGAUCAAGGAAAUUGCACCGGAGUCUAGCAUGCCACGAACCCAGCGCUUUUGGAAGCACGACAUCAAGGUUGCACGUGACUACAACAGAACUAUCCACGAGUCCGACUUGGGACAGGAAUUCCUCCAAGAAUGGGCGAAAGUAAGCGGCGUGGAUCCCAAGCUGAUGUCGUCGAAUGACCCGCAGUCACGCAUGGCACAGCUCCAAACGCUACAAGACAUCCUUAUGGAUGCUGAGGACGACGACGUCUACCAGACGGUCACAAGGCAUUUGGCCAACCAACCGGCAAGUCUGGCCCGUCGUCUCACGAUGGCCGCCUUGCCGGGUGGUGGCCUUCAGCCCUGCGCCGAUCCGGCGGACCCGGAGUCCGGCUUGCGGUGGCGCCGGAACAGCCAGAUGGUGUCCAAACAUGCUGCACAACUUCGAACGACGCAGCAGCAAGAACCUCGGAGUGUACGCCUACGACAACCCGAGUCCUGUUCGGGACGCACUGAGCCCGGCCUCUAUUGCAACACCCGCGCAGCCACACGCGCUGUCCCGGCGCCGGUCGUCGGUGCAGCGCACCAGCUACUGGCCAUCGCGCUUCUCAGUGUCGCCCGUGGCCGAACCCAGGCGGCGCGUGUCGCGCGCCAGUGUGCGGCCCGCCAUUUUGCGCGAGGAAGACGACGAGACGUCGCGAAUCUGAGAUGGAUGUAUAGGGUAACCUCGAAAGAAGAGCACAGCGACGCUUGUUGCUGUGACGCAUGUAAAUAGAUGAGCAGCAGUGGUGGUCAGAGCCUGGCGAUACCCCGACUGCGCAGACUGGCCAGUCGGGUAGAGCCGAAUUGUACCAAGGAGGCACGUCGUGAAAGCCGCUUGAUUCGGUGAAGUGAGAGCCGCUUGCGGCAUGUAACGCACACGUUCACGCUUAACCAGCUGCAGAACCCGAGUGUUCAUGUGCACCUGGCGAGAGCAUUUACAACGUCAUUGUCAUCACGUAUAUACGCAGUCAGUCCACAGCCCAUCCUUGUGCCACUGCGCACAAAGCCACGAGUCGAAGGUACCGUGUACUCCACUCUUAAAGGGAACGCCUUAAUUGCAAUCGAGUCAGCGCAACUGCGAAUGCUCAUCAUUAUAGCGGCAAAAUUGUCUUGUAUGACGCUACAGCACACUACGUGUGUGUGCUAUAAGUUAGUUCCUUUAGCCACCCCUCCGUCGGAAGUGGUUACGAUUAAUGAGUUCCGUAUUGCCUUUAAGAGUGGAUACGUUGUAGAUCUUGUACAAUAUAGAAGCUGAGGAUGAUCUGCCCUCGUUCGAAAACCUUCGUUUUAUAACGGAAAUUUUAGUUGUUUAAAAUGAGGCUGUAUUGGCCGUAAAGGUCAUAACAUUCCUAUAUUUGUUAGAACGAGGUUAGUAUACGCAAUGUGGGCGAAUCGGGAGGGUUGAGGGUGUGAUAUGUUUUAUUUUUUGUUCACGUACUUUGUUCCGUUUAUUUAGCUCAAGAACCAUUGAUUGUAUAAUAUAUAGAGGCACGAUAAUCAAUUGCCUCCCUCAUUGUGCACAACGCCGUUCGUGUCUGUGUGUAAUAAACCAUGUUCACCUUUUA